AUGGCCUCCAUCCGAGCCGCCUUCAACGGGCCAUUUGCGCAUAAGGAGAGCCCUGAUCAUCGCUGGAUGGAGUACAAGGGGAAGAUCCCUUAUCCACGGCCGGGGACGUGUCCGAGUGAAACCUAUGACCCUUUGCACAAGUCCACCCGAGAUUUCCCAGAUGAUGUUGUGAGCUUCAUGAGGACCCAUCAGCUGAUGUGGGAGCCAGUGAUGCCCAUUCAUAGGCGUCCCGUCUUUACUCGGAUCAGUGCCCCCUACAGGCUGAAGAAGCUCGUGGUUGAUAGGGUUGAUGCAGAGGACGGCCAUUAUGAUGUCUUACAUCUUGGCACAGAUGAUGGCAGAGUAUUAAAGGUGGUCUCUGUACCUAAAGAGAACUGGGAAACUGAAGAAAUCAUUCUAGAAGAGCUUAAUGUCUACAAGGCAUGCCCGGAGACAGGAUGUGAGGUAUGGAGACCCCUGGAGCCAGUGUCAGGACAUGAGAGACGCCUACGAACACUCGUUCUCCCGCACGCUAGCCCGCUACGAGGUCCACGUUAUCCCCCAGAACCACAUCUCGAGAGUGCAGAACACCCAUCCCGGAAAUCACGCAACCUCGCCACGGGCCUACAAGGAACUCCAUCUAAUGGGAACGUCUGA